AUGUGUGGCUGCAGAGCGAGUGUUCCCAGUACGAAGCAGUACUCGGUCAGGCAGGCAGCUCCUGCUUCCACCAAAAAAGGCCCUCCAGCUGCUGCAGGCAUGCCCAAGGGUGUACCCAUAGCCAAGCAGCUGGCAUCAAUAAAAGCUCUAAGAAAAGGCUCAGACCUUGAAAAGGCUUUUGCUACAGCAGCUUUGGUGUAUAACAACUAUGCUGACCCUGAGAGCAAGCUCAGUAAAUCUGAAACCAAGAGCUUACUGCAAUCCCAGUUUUGGCAUUUCAUGCAGGGCCAAGAAAACAAACCAAAAUACCAGGAAAUCAUUUCUUCCUUGGAUGAGGAGUCAGAGAACAAAAUUAAUUUUGAAGACUUCAUGAUCUUGUUAGUCAGUCUCACUCUAAUGUCUGACCUGCUGCAGGAGAUCAACAAUGUGAAAACCACAAAAUGAUAUGUGAUUGUAAGGAAG